AUGGUCGGUUCCGGUUCUCGCACUCCUUACGAUUUAUCAAAUUCCCCAUCUGAUGUAAAUAUCCAACCUGCAACACCACUAAAUUCCACCUUGGUGGAGGAUGACGAUGUGGAUAAUCAACUUUUCGAAGAGACUAAAGUUGCCGAAACUGGGUUUCCUCCUGCAUCAGCUUCCGGCAACUCAUGUGCAUAUUGCGGUAUAGAUUCUGCGAAAUGUGUCAUAAAGUGCAAUUCAUGUAAGAAAUGGUUUUGUAACACCAAGAAUGGUACAAGCAGUUCUCAUAUUAUCAACCAUUUGGUUUUGUCUCAUCAUAACGUGGUUUCUCUGCAUCCAGACUCUGACUUAGGGGAUACAGUAUUGGAAUGUUAUAACUGUGGACGCAAGAAUGUGUUUUUAUUAGGAUUUGUUUCUGCUAAAAGUGAAGCCGUAGUUGUUUUACUUUGUAGAAUACCUUGUGCUCAGACAAAAAAUGCUAACUGGGAUACUGAUCAAUGGCAGCCUCUAAUUGAGGAUAGACAACUUUUAUCAUGGGUUGCCGAACAACCUACCGAAGAGGAGAAGUUAAAAGCCCGCUUGAUUACUCCCAGUCAAAUUUCCAAAUUGGAAGCCAAGUGGAGAUCCAAUAAAGACGCCACGAUCAAUGAUAUCGAUGCACCAGAGGAACAAGAGGCAAUUCCACCUUUACUCUUGAGAUACCAGGACGCCUAUGAAUACCAAAGAUCUUACGGGCCCUUGAUUAAAUUAGAGGCCGAUUACGAUAAACAGCUCAAGGAAUCUCAAGCACUGGAACAUAUUUCCGUCUCAUGGUCCUUAGCCCUAAACAAUAGACAUCUAGCAUCCUUCACAUUGUCUACUUUCGAAUCAAAUGAACUAAAAGUUGCCAUUGGUGAUGAAAUGAUACUAUGGUACUCCGGAAUGCAACAUCCCGACUGGGAAGGUCGUGGAUACAUUGUUCGUUUACCAAAUAGCUUCCAAGAUACUUUUACAUUAGAAUUGAAACCAAGUAAGACUCCACCACCAACUCAUUUAACCACUGGUUUUACUGCUGAAUUUAUUUGGAAAGGGACUUCUUAUGAUAGAAUGCAAGAUGCCUUGAAAAAAUUUGCCAUUGACAAAAAAUCGAUUUCAGGAUAUUUGUACUACAAAAUAUUGGGUCACCAGGUGGUUGAUAUUUCCUUUGAUGUUCCAUUACCCAAGGAAUUCUCAAUUCCAAAUUUUGCGCAAUUAAAUUCAUCUCAAUCCAAUGCCGUUAGUCAUGUCUUACAACGUCCAUUGUCUUUAAUCCAGGGCCCACCAGGUACUGGUAAAACUGUUACAUCUGCAACGAUAGUAUACCACCUUUCCAAAAUUCAUAAGGAUAGGAUAUUGGUAUGUGCCCCAUCCAACGUCGCUGUGGACCAUUUGGCCGCCAAAUUGCGUGAUCUGGGUUUGAAAGUUGUCAGACUUACCGCAAAAAGUAGAGAAGAUGUAGAAAGUUCUGUCUCCAACUUAGCUCUGCACAAUUUAGUUGGGCGUGGAGCUAAGGGCGAACUGAAAAAUCUACUGAAACUGAAGGACGAGGUCGGUGAAUUGUCUGCCUCCGAUACGAAAAGAUUUGUCAAGUUAGUAAGGAAAACAGAAGCAGAAAUUCUAAAUAAGGCAGAUGUUGUCUGUUGUACAUGUGUUGGUGCCGGUGAUAAGCGUUUGGACACAAAAUUCAGGACCGUAUUGAUUGAUGAAAGUACACAGGCUUCGGAGCCGGAAUGUUUAAUCCCAAUUGUCAAAGGUGCCAAACAAGCUAUUUUGGUUGGUGAUCACCAGCAAUUAGGCCCUGUCAUAUUGGAACGUAAGGCGGCAGAUGCUGGUUUGAAGCAAUCUCUCUUUGAAAGAUUAAUCUCUCUGGGUCACGUACCAAUUCGAUUGGAAGUGCAAUACCGUAUGAACCCUUAUUUGAGUGAGUUUCCGAGCAAUAUGUUUUACGAAGGCAGUUUACAAAAUGGUGUGACAAUUGAACAGCGUACUGUGCCAAACAGCAAAUUCCCAUGGCCCAUUCGUGGUAUUCCAAUGAUGUUCUGGGCUAACUAUGGCAGAGAAGAAAUUUCUGCUAACGGUACGUCCUUCUUGAAUAGAAUCGAAGCUAUGAACUGUGAACGAAUUAUCACCAAGCUUUUUAGAGACGGUGUCAAACCCGAACAAAUAGGUGUUAUCACACCAUAUGAGGGACAAAGAGCUUAUAUUUUACAGUAUAUGCAAAUGAAUGGUUCAUUGGAUAAAGAUUUGUAUAUUAAUGUGGAAGUUGCUUCUGUAGAUGCAUUCCAAGGUCGUGAAAAGGACUAUAUCAUCUUGUCAUGUGUCCGUGCCAACGAACAACAGGCUAUUGGGUUUUUGCGUGACCCCCGCCGUUUAAAUGUGGGGCUAACUCGUGCUAAAUAUGGUCUCGUCAUUCUUGGUAACCCUAGAUCCUUAGCAAGAAAUACACUAUGGAACCAUUUACUGAUACAUUUCAGGGAAAAGGGCUGCUUGGUGGAGGGUACACUAGACAACUUGCAGCUAUGUACUGUUCAAUUAGUCCGCCCCCAACCAAGAAAAACGGAACAGCCAAUAAAUCCUCAAUUCAACAUGGAAUCUGAGAUGGGUGACUUCCCAAAAUUCCAAGAUUUUGAUACCCAAAGUAUGAUGUCAUAUAGUGGGCAAAUGGGUAGCUUCAGCAAUGGAUUGGUUGACAACACAGAGCUUUCUUCUUACAUUAAUAACGAAUAUUGGAAUUUUGAAAACUUUAAAAGUGCUUUUUCUCAGAAACAAAACCGCAAUGAGAUAGACGACAGAAAUCUAUACCAGGAGGAAGGUCCUCACUUAGAUUCUAAUUUUGCCAGAGAAUUACAAAGAGAAGAACAAAAGCAUGAAUUGUCAAAAGACUUCAGCAAUUUAGGAAUUUAA